UCGCCUUCAACGAUGCCUGCACCAGUCCCCCAGCCGCGCACUCUUUACGACAAAAUCUGGGAUGACCAUGUCAUAGAUACACAAGAGGAUGGACCGAGCUUGAUCUACAUUGACCGUCAUCUCACGCACGAGGUUACAAGUCCGCAAGCGUUCGAGGGCCUGCGCACCGCAGGCCGAGCUGUACGGAGGCCAGACUGUACCCUCGCGACAGUCGACCACAACGUGCCCACUGUUUCACGGAAGAAUUUCACGAAUGUGCAGUCCUUCAUUGCGGAGCCUGAAUCACGGGCCCAGUGCCAGGCCCUGGAAGAGAAUGUGAAGGAAUUUGGCCUCACUUACUUUGGCAUGACAGACAGGCGUCAAGGCAUCGUCCACAUCAUUGGACCUGAGCAAGGGUUCACUCUCCCCGGUAUCACAUGUGUUUGCGGAGACUCUCAUACCUCAACGCACGGUGCCUUCGGCUCUCUCGCAUUCGGUAUCGGUGCUUCCGAAGUUGAGCACGUCCUCGCCACCCAAACCCUGUUGCAGCGCAAAGCAAAGAACAUGCGUAUCACGGUUGACGGUGUCCUGAACGAAGGUGUCACCUCGAAGGACGUCAUCCUCCAUAUUAUCGGUGUCAUCGGAACUGCCGGCGGUACUGGUUCGGUCAUCGAAUAUGCGGGCUCUAUUCUCCGUGGUUUCAGCAUGGAAGCGCGGAUGAGCAUCUGCAACAUGAGUAUCGAGGCUGGCGCGCGCGCCGGUAUGAUCGCUGCGGAUGAAAUCACUUUCGAAUACCUGCGCAACCGUCCCCUGGCUCCGAAGGGCGAGGAGUGGGACCGCGCUGAAGCGUACUGGCGCACUCUUAAAACAGAUGACGGUGCCAAAUUCGACAAAGAAGUUUACAUCCGAGGAGAAGACAUCAUCCCCACCCUCACUUGGGGGACUUCGCCUCAGGAUGUCGUUCCUAUCACUGGAUCCGUCCCCGAUCCCGCGAGUAUCACGGACCCAGCGAAGCGGGCCUCAGCUGAGCGGGCUCUCAAGUACAUGGGUCUCGCCCCCAACACACCCAUGCAAGACGUGAAGGUUGAUAAAGUCUUCAUCGGCUCUUGCACCAACUCCCGCAUUGAGGACCUGCGCUCCGCCGCCAAGAUUGUCCUUGCUGCCGGCCCCGACGCCAAGGUUGCCGAUGGCGUAUACGCGAUGGUCGUCCCCGGUUCCGGCCUUAUCAAGCAGCAGGCUGAGGCCGAAGGGCUCGACGCCAUAUUCAGGCGCGCGGGUUUCGACUGGCGUGAGGCAGGUUGUUCGAUGUGCUUGGGCAUGAACCCUGACCAGCUCGCGCCGGGCGAGCGAUGUGCUUCGACGUCCAAUCGCAACUUCGAGGGCCGCCAGGGUGCGGGUGGCCGUACGCACUUGGUCAGCCCAGCCAUGGCGACUGCUGCCGCCAUAACUGGCAAGCUCACGGAUGUCAGGAAAUUCUUGGGCCCGGACGCGCAGGAGAAGAUCGCUGCUGGCCCCAAGCUUAAGCUCACGAGUCCCUUCGAGUUCCUCAACGACCCUGUCCUUCCCCCUCCCGCCCCGGAGAAGCCGACUCAGAGCGUCUCUUCGUCCGGUCCUCUCCCUCCUUCCGAGUCCCCUUCGAGCGUCCAGAAAUUUACUGUUUUGAAGGGUAUCGCAGCACCUUUGCACAUGGAGAAUGUCGACACCGACAUGAUCAUUCCCAAGCAAUUCCUAAAAACACUCAAACGCACGGGUCUUGCGAACGCACUGUUCUACGCGCUCCGCAAGGAUCCACGGACCGGCGAGGAUACCGACUUCAUCCUCAACCGGGAGCCCUAUAACCGGGCGAAGAUUCUGGUCUGCGACGGUGAGAACUUUGGAUGUGGCAGUUCUCGGGAGCACGCGCCCUGGAGCUUGAACGACUUCGGCAUCCGGUGCAUCAUCGCACCGAGCUUCGCCGACAUCUUCCGCAAUAACACGAUGCAGAACGGGAUGUUGCCCGUCGCUCUGCCGAAGGAGGUCUGCAAGGAGCUGACCGAGGAUGCCGAGGCCGGCCUGGAGCUCGAGGUUGACCUCGAGAAGCAGGAAGUUCGCCGCGCCAACGGCAGGCCGCCGGUUCCGUUCACUGUCGAUCCCUUCCGUCGUCAUUGUUUGAUCAACGGUUUGGACGACAUCGCCCUGACGUUGCAGAGGGCGUCGAAAAUCGAGGAGUUUGAGGCCCGUCGCAGCCAGGUCUGGCCAUGGCUGGACGGCUUUGGCUACAGGGGCAAGAUUCCUCUGAACCCAACGAGGCAGGCGGCGAAGAUGGAAUGGUGAGCACUGUCAGCUCGGAAUAGGCGCCGUUGUGCGACAAAAAUGCCUGGUUGGCUCUCGGGGAGGCUUUGCGUGUAUCGAAUAUGAGCUGUGUAUCGUAUGCUAGUCCUGUCUUUGCUCUUGUCUAGGAAGGUUGUGUUGUCGAACCGCC